GUAAAGCACACCAUAAGUUGCUUGCCAACCGCCAAUAAAAAAGAAGGAGAAGAAGACUGCGAAGAAGAAGACGGAGAAGAGGAGAUGGCCACGACGGAGGCUCGGCUCAAUCACACGAUCUACAUCAACAACCUGAACGAGAAAAUCAAGAAAGAUGAGUUGAAGAAAUCCUUGUAUGCCAUCUUCUCACAAUUUGGGCAGAUUUUGGACAUCUUGGUGGCACGUACCUUUAAAAUGAAGGGCCAGGCUUUUGUUAUCUUUAAAGAGGUUAACAGCGCCUCCAAUGCUCUCAGGUCCAUGCAGGGAUUCCCCUUCUAUGACAAGCCGAUGCGCAUCCAGUAUGCCAAUCAGGAUUCCGAUAUCAUUGCCAAAAUGAAAGGGACUUACGUGGAGCGUGAUCGCAAAAAGGAAAGGAAGAAGCCAGCGAAGCCUGAGUCGAGUGGUAACAAGAAGUCUGCUUCCUCUGUGGCUGGAGGCAUGUCUGGGAUGCCUGGAAUGAACCAGGCCCGCAUGAUGCACAUGCCAGGACAGCCGCCCUACAUGCCCCCACCGGGCAUGAUGCCACCCCCCGGGAUGCCCCCAGGCGCCAUGUCUUCUGGUCAGAUGAUGCCUGGCCAGAUGCCCCAGCAGGUUUCGGAAAAUCCCCCCAAUCACAUUCUCUUCCUCACCAACUUGCCCGAGGAGACCAACGAACUCAUGCUGUCCAUGCUCUUCAACCAAUUCCCAGGGUUCAAGGAAGUGCGUCUGGUCCCCGGUCGCCACGACAUCGCCUUUGUGGAGUUUGACAAUGAAGUGCAGGCGGGCGCUGCACGAGACUCACUGCAAGGCUUUAAGAUCACACAGAGCAACGCGAUGAAGAUCUCAUUUGCCAAGAAAUAACAGGCAGGGUGAGACCUGCCUCUUUGUCACGCUCUCACACAGUUCCAAAACAGGUUUUUUUUUUUAUAUACAUAUACUUAGGUGUUCUAUUUUUUUGGCAUUACAUAGCGUAAUUUCAAAUUGUCUACAAUUCUUAUGUUUCUGCUCUUAUUGUUUGUUCUAAAGCAUUGCACCCAGUGUCUGGCCUGUCAGACAUCGUACCUGGAGCUGUUGAUUUUACAAUUAAAACGUUCUCAGAAAA